AUGCAGAGUCAAUCUAUAAAAGUUGACUGCUAUCCUAGCUACAGUCCUCCAAAUGAGCAGACCUCAAUUACAUGUACAGAGAAUGACUGGUCUCCUCCACUUAGAUGCCUUCUUGUCAUGAAACCAUGUGACUUUCCAGAUAUUAAACAUGGAAGGCUAUUUUAUGAGGGAAGGUAUAGACCAUACUUUCCAGUAGCUAUAGGAAAACAUUACUUCUAUUAUUGUGAUAAAAAUUUUGUGACUCCUUCACAACAUCGGUGGGAUUACAUUACUUGCACACAAGAUGGAUGGUCACCAGCAGUCCCAUGUCUCCGGCAAUGUGCUUUCAAUUAUUUGGAAAAUGGACAUUAUCCACGACAUGAAAGUAUAUAUUUACAGGGUCAUUCUGUAAAAGUCGACUGCUAUCCUGGCUACAGUCUUCCACAUGAGCAUACUACAAUUAUGUGUACAGAGAAUGACUGGUCUCCUAGUCCUAAAUGCAUCCUUGUCAGACUGAACAUUCAGGUGCCUCCAGUACAAGCAUAUGAUCUGCAAAUUGCAUUAUGGCAACUGGAAAUCCUUAAAAUCACUGUCAUCCUUGCAGAAAUACUCCAAGAUGUGAGUCUGAAAGCACGAGAAGAUGAGAGUCUGGAAAAACCAGAAAUUUCAGUCCUA